AGUAAGCACGCGUCACGUUUGCCACGUUUCAUGUAUUUUUAAAUGAAUAAAGGAAAGAUGAAUUUCCGUGCUUUGAUUACAUAAAUUCUUAAUGCAUUAUAAACGCAGGAUGUCGUCGAGUUUGUCGACGAUGUUAACCAUUGCGAAAUCCACCACCUUUUUGAGUCAGCGUUCCGAAUUUGAAAUCGCGUACCUGGAACUUUCUUACCAAUCAGGGUGGAGGCGUCGACGUAGGACCACGUCUCGCCGAUUCUCGCCGUUGCCUAGUCUGUAUACGAGAUUACAGUCGAACCAAACGGCACGCUUGGCGCAACGGACUAAACGAAGAUCGUACAGAUUGUUAUUCGGCUAGUUUAGUGCGAUCGUGUUUUCACGUGAUUUGUUCAACAAACAGAUGUUAGCUGUGUGUGUUCGAGAUGUGUUUUAUGUCAAUUUAGUACAAUGGAAAUGGAUAGAUACGCCGUCGCUCGUCUAUUAAACAAUGCUAUGUAACACCUAUAUCUAAGAAUGUGUAAAGUACCCGGAUAAAAAUGGCCUAUAGGCAUAACAACAUGGACACGGCCACGCUUUUAAGCAUUGCCAAAAACAGAAACAAGUUAAUGAAAUUGGCCGAAGGGAUUAAAACUAGGAAGAAGAGUGGCAAUAAAAAAAGCCUUAAUUUAAAAAGAGAUCCCGCCUACACCAAUAUAGAACACCUGGUUUUUGGCACCUAUAGGCCCCGAGCCGCCACUCCCGACGAACAGUUUAAAAACGAGACACCAGAUGGCGGCAGAACACGAGUCAAUACAGUCAGGCCGAACACAGACACCAAGUCGGAUACAGCGAACAGUGUCAGCGAGGAGAACAUGUCACCACACAGGAGAGUCAUCCGGAACCUGGUUCAUUCUAAAGUGUCGGUGGAAAACGGCGAAACGGACGUCGACAACAAAUGUGUUCUGUUAGAACCGGUGGACUCUAAGCAACAGAAUUGUACGGACUUAUGUAACUCCGAUGGGGAUAAUCACGUUUGGAAGGUAAGCAUCGAUUCUAACAGCGAAUCACCUACGGAUAAGUGGAUUACCGACAGUUUGCUUAACGAUAGUGUUUUUGCUGACGAAAGCGAAAACGUCGAAUCGUCCUGCACGUGGAAUAUCGAUAGUUUAGAUCACAUUAAACUGAAUUUGACCGAGGUUAACCUUUCGGAAGUCCACUCGAAAGAUACUUCUGAUGUCACAAAUGGAAAGGAAGACCAUCAUCAACUUUCUCCGGAGGGAAACCCUCGAACUAUCUCCGGAAGUGUUUCUAAUGGUACGACUCCGGUUAAAGAACAGGAAAAAGGUUUUGUCAGGCAAAAUACAUACCCGUCGGGAAUUCCUAGACCUCGUAUACACGUGAAACACACAUUGACUCCCAUGAAGAAUCCGAUUUUGAAAUCCUGCCAACAGCAAAGAGUUCCAACUAACGUUAAAUCGAUAGGAAAUACAUCAGUUCGCAAACCCUUAGAAGUGAAAAGAAAUACUACGGAAGAGAGGUCGUCUACUCGUCCACCACCCACGACCAAAGUAAGUAAUAGAUGUACGGUCCCGUCCAAGAGUAAUAUUUGUGAUAUGAAGACGAAAUCGUCGUCCAGAUCGUCCCUAUCCAGUUCCCAUUCCAGCCUUUCCGGCAGUAAAGGAAACGGCCUACAAACGAAAAAAGCGGAAACGGUUCGUGGUUUUGUUAGAAAUCAGUCGUAUUGUAGACAGACGGAUAAAAGCACAAAGAGUAAUGGUAUUGUUAGGGAUUCUGCACAGAUCAGGAAAGGAGUGCCGCGACCCGUCUACCAAAACAAAGCCGUAACCAAGAGCGAAAAAUCAUCCAACAGUAAAAAUACAUCCGAGAAACGUACACUAACCAGGAAUGUCAGUUACGUUUCGAGCGAUAAGAAGGAAAAAAAUGGCGCAGACAAUUCGCUGCAUUGUAACGAUAAUCAACAGAACCAAUCAUUCAAUUCUCUCAUCGAAAGAGACCAACCCAAAUCGAUACCCCGACAUUCGCCGGAAGGUUCGGAAUGGGAAAAGGGAAGUAAGUUACCAACUAAAAUUACGCAAAAUGACAAAAGCGAACGCUCCUUCAGGCGACCCAUGAGAUCGGUAUCGGUGGAUAGUGGAAAAGUGCUAAACGCGCGACAACUCUCCGCUCCCACCCCCGUUAAAAAGUCAAAUCUGGUCAGGAACCUUCCCAACGGGAAUGUAACAUCAGAAGUUCAAUGUUCGUUAAAAAAAUCCUCCACGGUCGACAUCGGUAGCAUAUCCCAUAAGAGUAAAACACCCGAACAUGUAGAAAAACCGAAAAUAAACAGGACUCCGCUCUCUCAACCCAUUACCAGGCGGAACGUCCAGAAAGUCGAAAGUGGCAAUUCUAUCAAGAAAGCGGAAAACUCGGAAAAAAACAUAUGGAUGUCAGACAUCGAAGAAAAAGACGAAAAUUCUUCAUCCAGCACAAAAACACCCGCCGAAGAUAAUUCCUCUAAUCAUUUCGGUCCUAAUCGUAGGGCUACUUCGCUUCCUAAAUCAUUCCUUUUAGAAAAAGGGAAAAAAUCGGCGGAAACGAGAAGUAAAGAAUCCUUAGGAUUGGAACGUUUACUUCAAUUCGGUGAGGAUUUGGAUAAUAAAUCUGAAGAAAGUAAUAAUUUAACAGAAUUAAUAUGUGAAACAGAAGAUAAAUUUGAAAAUUUUUCUGAAAUAAAAAUGGGUGUUGAUCAUUCAAGAUCAAGUUCUACUUCAAUUGAUGAAAAUUCACUAUCCACUAAUGGUAAUGAUGAAACUAAAAUUACAGAAGAAAAUGAAGAACUUUGUAGUGAACAAAAUGACAGGUUUAAAGAACAUCAAUCUUUACAUGUUCAUCUUAUAAGAAACAGGCUAAUUUCUCGUUCAGAAAGGCAGUUGAAAACAACAAGUUCACCAGAAUUUCAAACUAUUAAUGAAUUGAGUUCAUCUGCAAAAGACAUACACCGUCCAUGGUCCGAAUUAUAUAAUGAAGAAGCAGCCGAGGAAAUUCUUCAAAACAAUUCACCGUCUAGUAGCACUUUAAAUAUUCAUAAAUUCAAAUCUGAUUGUGACAGUUCUCAUGUUGACUUGUCAUCCGGUGAGGCUUCUCCAGUUAUAACCAGUAGCUGUAAUUCCAUACAGACAUCUAGUCCUAAAUUGUCUGAUGGUGUUCUACAGAAAUUUUGUAAAACUUUUUCACUCCGGUUCCAGAGAGCAAAAAAACUGGAACAGCAAACAUGUUUUGAUAGUUUAUCAGAAAAUCAUGAAUCUCAGUUUUGUUCUCAAAACAGUUCUAAUGAAACAGCAGUUAGUCCAUUAGUUUCAAAACAUUUACGCAAAACAUAUAGUGAGCCAAACACAUCUGAAACAGGAAGUCUUUUUCGAUUGGGUUCUGUUGUCCUAAGAUCCUCAAAGGAUAAAAGAAAGGACAGAAAAUCAAGAAAAACUGAUUCUAAAUGCUAUAGCGCAGAUAGUGGUAUACAGAUAGAAAUGGUUUCCAACAAUGAAGUUUUUCUUGAGAAUUCACAACUAGGAGAAAGUCCAGCACUAAUUAGGAGAAGAGCAGCUUCUACGUCAGAAUCUUCACCCAAAACAAAACCACCUCCAAGACCACAUUCAGAUGUUGGAAGUUCUUUAAAUGGAAAUUCUAGUGUUGUUGAAGCAUUCAUGGCUCAGAUGUCAAGACAGAGAGAUAAUCUUCCUGAAUUGAAAAGACAUUCUUCUGAUUCUGGAACACCAUUGAAAAAAACUCCUAGUGUUGAAAGACAAUUAUCUACUCCUUCAUUUAUUAAAAUGAGAACUGACAGGUCACGACCAAUAAAACGCAGAGGCCAUUCAAGAUUACACCGAUCAAUCAGUCAGCCAUUAGAUUUGGAAAAAGUAGGACUUAGUACUAGAACUAUAGUUGGGUUCUCUGAUCAUGAAGGAUCGCGUGAUAUCAGCACUGCAUCUUCAGAAGAUGAUUUCUCAUCAGAUGGAGAAGACUCUCACAUAUCCUCCAGAAAUCAAACAUUAUUUAGAGAAUUUAGUGAUGAUGGUAUAACAUAUGCUGAAGCUUUAUGGGAUCAUGUUACAAUUGAUGCUGAAGAAUUAGCAUUCCAGGCAGGCGAAGUUAUUGAAGUUACAGAUUCUAGUGAUAAAGAUUGGUGGUGGGGAUCUAUUGGGACUAGAAGUGGUUGGUUUCCAGCAGCAUUUGUGAGGUUAAGGGUAAAUCAAGAAGACACAGUAGAGGAUUGUAUAAGCAAAAUGAAUAAUGGAACUUUAAUGCAACAAGUGCCACGAAAAAUGAGUGUUAGUUUACUAAGUAAUGAACAAGUCAGAGCCAAUGUUGUAAAGGAAAUUGUUAGCACAGAAAAAGAUUUUGUACAGCAUCUUAAAGAUGUUGUAGAGGGUUAUCUGAGACAAGUCCGCCGUCGAUCAGACAUGUUUUCAGAUGAAUGUAUUGCAACCAUCUUUGGUAAUAUAGAAGAAAUAUAUCAUUUUCAAAGUGGUUUUCUUAAACAUCUUGAAUCUUGUAUUGAUAUGGAACGACCCCAUCUUAGUCAAAUAGGAAACUGCUUUCUCAAACAUAAAGAUGAAUUUGAAAUUUAUUCAGAAUAUUGCAAUAAUCAUCCUUUAGCUGUUAGUGAAUUGCAAGAAUUAUAUGCAGAUUCAAAAUAUAUUCAUUUUUUUGAAGCAUGUAGGCUAUUACAAGAAAUGAUAGAUAUCUCAUUAGAUGGUUUCUUAUUAACACCAGUUCAGAAGAUUUGUAAAUAUCCAUUGCAAUUGGCUGAAUUAUUGAAGUAUACCAAAACAGAUCAUCCUGAUUUUCAGCCUGUAACAAAAGCAUUAGCAGCAAUGAGAGAAGUAGCUCAAUUGGUUAAUGAAAGGAAAAGGAGGAUGGAAUGUUUAGAAAGAUUAACAGAAUGGCAGCAAUCAAUUGAUGGUUGGGAGGGACCAGAUUUAUUGGACACCAGUUCCAUGUUACUUCAUUCAGGUGAAGUAACACGUGCUCCUUCAACUUGGUCUCGUGAUCUCAUUCAUCUGUUUUUAUUUGAUCAUCUAAUUAUUUAUUGUAAAAAGGAUUUAUUAAAACGUAACACUUAUGUUUAUAAAGGAAGAAUAGAUUUAGAUGAUAGUUGUGUAAUUGAUUUGGAAGAUGGAAAAGAUUUGCAGUUUGGUGUAACAGUGAAAAAUGCAUGGAAAGUGUAUUGUGCAACACGUGAAAAAUGGUUUCUAUUCUAUACAAAGACUCCUAGUGAAAAAGAACAGUGGUUACAAUCAUUUAAAGAAGAAAGAAAAAGGGUGAAGGAAGACAAAUUACAAGGUUAUGUUGUUACUGAAGAAGCAAAAAAGGCAGCAAGGUUAGCAGUUAUAAAUAAAUUUAAACCAAAAAGACCAAGAGCUAAAUUAGUAAAAGGUUCACGUCCUCAUCCAGAUACAGCAGUUGCAGAACUUUUGUUAGAUCCACCAGAGCCAAAAUCUAGAACGGGUAGUUUGCCAUCCAAUCUUCAUCCCAGUGUGGCAGUAUCAGCCAGUGCCAGACACGGACUACCAAAAAAGAAAGGAUCGGGCUGGUUUCACUUUGGAAGCAGCAAGAAGCCAAAAAAAUGAUUCAUAAAGGUUACUGUAAUAUUUAAAAAUCAUCUCAUUCAGUUAAAGGACUGCACUGGUGUGCAGUCUGCCAUUUUUGUCUUCCUUAUUGUCCUCAUGGACACAUCAUGAAUAUCGAAUGUGGUGUUUUAACCACUUGCGGGUGAAAUAUAUUUGUAUAUAUUGUGAAAUAUGUACAGUUAAAGUAACUAAAUGUAAAGGAUAGGUCAUUUUGAAAUUUAAUUUUGGUUUUGUAACAUGUACUCUAAAAUAAGAUGUAUAGAAAAUAUUUUGUUGCCAUUUAUUUACUAAUCAUUAGUAAAUAUAUUAUAAAAAGUAGGCAGUGAAUUUUUGACCUAGCAUUUUUCUACUUAGUUUGUAAUAUUAUUAUUUUAAAUUUGCAGCACCACUUACAUAACAUUAUCUAUAUUAAUUUUUGUAUAUUGCUAGUAUUGAAAAAUGUUAGUUCACAAUUUCACUGUUUCAUUUUAAAUUAUUUACUAUUGUAUAUAUCAUUUUACCAUCAGAAAAAGCUUUGUUCAAUAGAUUAGUUAAAAAUCCAAUUAUUAGGUAUAGGUCAAAAGUAGUAAUAAAAUAAUUAAUUAUUCAAUUCCAACGUUUAUCACAUAUUAGACAAGACUUAAAACAAUUCAAUUUAUGGAAUUAUAAAAUAAAAAUUGGUGAAUCACUGCCAAAACUAACAGCAGCAACAUAUAAAAACUCAUGUUUCAAAUAAUUGAAUUCUGUGUAUAAAAGAAAAUAUUAAAUUUAAUAAAACUUUUUUAAAUAUGCUAAAAUUUUAUUUAUUUUUCAUAGGUUUAUUAAUCCAAUAAAAUAAUAAUAACAUUAAAAAUAGACCAAAUAAGUGAUGUAUACUGUAUAUGCAAAUCAGGGCAAAGUAACAUUUAAAAUAUAAUAAUAAUUUAAAAUUGAAUUUAGCAUGUUUCAGAAAUAAUCCUUCAGUUACAAAAAAUUUUAAUUUAUAUUUAUUAUAAAAACUGAAAUUAAUAAAUUUUUGUCAUUGUUCUGGAACAGCAAUAUUAUGUACUGUAGAUAUUUUAUCAUAAAACAUUAAGUUUUUAUUUUAUUACUGUUUAGAUAAAAAAGAUUAUCUUUACUUCACUAAUGAAAUAUGGUUUAAAAAUGUUAAAGUAUACUUAACUACAUUAAAUAUAAAUCUUCAAUGCCUAUAACCUAUAAUAUAAAUACCUAUAAUAGCCAAACAGUUUUCUAAUAUCCUGUACUUCACUAAUGCAAUUACUUUGUAAAUUCUGUCGUUUUUUAAGAUGAACUGGUGUACCCCGUGUCUGAUUAUUAUUUUUUCAUUAUCAGUGUGGCACCAGACAGAUAUGUCCCAUUUGCUAAAUAUGCCACUAUUUGAUAUAUAGUCACAUUUCUUCAAGUCUCUUGUUACGUUUGGCUUCGUGAUGUAAACUAAAACUGAAUUUUUAGAGCGGACAGAUUAACACCAUGCUUGCCGGACAUUUCAACAUUGUUUAAACAAUCUGCUCGGACACUAAUGCGUUACUAUAUAAACAGAAGCGUUACUUUCUCUAGAAAUAGCGAUUAAUGCAAACUGCAACCGAAAGCUGUGAAGUUCUUAUUUGAUUUAAGGUAAUGUUGCAAUGUAUUUAAAUUAAGAUUUAUUGCUGUAAUAAUGAAAGCAUUUGUAAUUGAACUAUCAUCAAAACCAUCACCAAUCAUAACACUGACUACGAAUAGUACUACUAUACAGUGUUUUUAUUGUUUGUACGGCGUUAUAUCCUUUCCGAAACUCAAAGCAUAAUAUGCCCGAUAUUUUUAUUUCAAGACAUUUUCACCUGAUUUUAUUCAAAUAAAAUGUGAAGUAAAAGUUUAAAAUAAGCUAAAUGAAUAUAAUCUCACAGUAGCAAUAAUGUGUUAAAUUUUACAACUGUUAUAAUGGACUCAUAUUAGGUCAUUAUGCCCCGAUGCUAUUUUCAAUUUAAAAAACGUUUAUUUACAAAAAAUCUGUCUCCUCAAACAAAAAGAAAUCUAUCAAGAGAUGAGUUAUUGUUCAGUGGUAUUCUUAUUUCUAUACUUGAAACGUAAACUUAUGUUUGUUUUUGAGCUGAGGUGAAUUUUUCCGUUAGGCCUAUACUUUGCGGGUCAUUAUGACAUAUAUGACUAAAAAUGUUGAAUUAUUACUGAUAAUAACUAACUGAAUCUUCAUUCGGUUAGAUAUUAUCGGUAAUAAUUCAAAAAAUUUGUCAAAUACCGGUAAGUUAUAUUUUAAGUAUCGCCGUUUUUUCACCGAUGCCGUUUCCUUUUCUACAUUACAAUUUUUAAAAUUGUUUUAAUCACAUUUAAUUUCACUAAAUUUGAAAAUUUUAUAUUGUAAUGUAGAAAAACAUGCUUCUUCUUUGAAUUGAAUUAAUUUAUCGAUUUUAUAUCCCAUUAAUAAACCAAUUUUCGGGUUUAUUGACCCGACGUGAGUACCACCAAAGAAUAAUCCAGGCAAGUCCUCAAGGUUCGUGAAUGGUCGCAUGUAGCGGUAUUAU